AUGAAUUUUAAUUAACAAUAACGAUUUCAUAAGAAGCCAUUUUCUCAUUAUGAUCUCCAUACUGAUAGGCCUUCCAAAAUUUCAUCUUUUAUGAAAUCCUCCGAGAUUAUUUCAAAUUUUAAAGAGAAUUAAGAUCCUAUUCAAUAUUAAAAUAGUUCAAUAAUUAAAGAAAUUUAGGAUAUUGAAAAAGUUUACUAAGAAAAAAUUGAUUCCUUAAAAAAGCUAAAUGCCAAGUUGAUGUCAACAAUAGAAUUUAUGGAAAAAACUCUUGAAUAAUAGAAAAGCAUGCUUUUAGAAAAAUAAUAAAUUGUAUGAUUUUCUAAUAUAAGAAGAUUAUGAAACAAUAAAAUGAAAUUAGUUCAUAUCGUUCAUUGCUUUCUCAAAAUACAUAAGUUAAUAUUAAAAAUUUAAAAACAGAGAUUGAAGAUGAAAAAAUUAAAACAGAAAGAUUGCAUUACGAACUCAAAGAUUUCAAAUAUAAAUUUGAAAAAGAAAAACCAUUAGUACAUUUAUUCAAAAAAAUUGAAUAAACCUAAGAAGAAUAUAAUUAAUAAAAUAAAAUAUUUAUGAGAGAAGUACUUCAAUUAUUAGAUAAACCUCGAAGUCAAUCAUUCUAUCGUUAACCAACAAAGUAGCACACCAAGAAAUCCUCUUUUUAUAAUUGA